CCUCCCUCCUCUAAAAUAACAACCUCUCUCAUUGGAGGAGAAAGAAAAAUGAUACAUACUACUGUAACUGCUGUAAGAUCUACACACCACGACGAUGAUACGACACCGCUUUGAAUUCUACCUCGUCGGUGAAAGUGGAAGAACGGAAUCCCAAUAUCAAUGGUGCUGGUCGGAGAAAAGAGAAGCAUGAAUUCCAUUUCCAUUAUAACUACCAUUCGCAUUGGAUCCGAACAAACUUCGUCUUCUUCGUCAGUCAAAAUCGCCAUCAUCGCCAUCGCCAUUGCCAUAUGUCAUUGAUUUAGAUGUCAUCUAUCUAUCAAAGCUGCAAUCUGACUUACUGAGCUUCUACAGAAUUGCGCCAUUUGAAUCGAUUUGUAGAGAGAGAUAUGGGCCUCCUAAGCAAUAGAGUGGAUAGAAACGAGAUCAAACCAGGAAAUCACAUCUACACAUACAGAGCCGUCUUUGCUUAUUCUCACCACGGUAUAUUUGUUGGAGGAAGUAAAGUAGUUCAUUUCACACCACCACCGGCGAAUUCAAAUGAUCCAGAAGGAGAUACGAAUGACGACGACGAUUCAUCAUCAUCAUCAUCGUGUACAACUUUCCCUGAUUGCGGAUUCAAGCAGCCGAAAAGCAGCGUAACCCUAUCCUGCCUAGAUUGUUUCCUUAAGGACGGAUCACUCUACUUAUUCGAAUACGGAGUAUCUCCAUCUGCGUUCAUCGCUAAAGUCCGCGGAGGUACUUGCACGAUCGCAUCCUCCGAUCCGACUGAAUCAGUGAUCCAUCGCGCGAUGUAUCUUCUUCAAAAUGGAUACGGAAACUACGAUGUUUUCCAGAACAAUUGCGAGGAUUUUGCACUCUACUGUAAAACGGGAUUGUUGAAUGUUGACCGGCUUUCCGGUGGAGUUGGCCGGAGUGGGCAAGCUUCGUCUGUAAUUGGGGCUCCUCUUGCUGCAUUGGUUUCAUCUCCGAUGAGACUUUUGAUUCCUAGUCCUUUUGGUGUGGCAACUAUGACUGUUGGGAUGUAUUGUAUGAGCCGAUAUGCUACUGAUAUUGGAGUUCGUUCUGAUGUUGUUAAAGUUGAUGUGGAAGAUCUUGCCAUGAACGAUCAGGUAGAAGAAGAAGAAGAAGAAGAUGAAGAUGAUGCAGAAGAAGAAGAAGAAGAAGAAGAAUCUAAGAGGCUAAUUACAAUGUGAGAAUCCAUGUUCAUCUUCUUCCAUUGUUUGUUUGUUUUCAUUUAGAACUUGAAACAUCAAAUGAACCAUUUAAGUCUAUAUUCAACCACAUUAUUAAAUACGUGUUUGUUUAUUUGAAA